AUGUCGACCUACCAAUCCCUUCGAGAUCGCCAAGUAGCAUCAAUCGAGCGCAUCCUCAACCUGAACCAUGUGCCGCCAGACACAUCCGACCUUGCCAACGAUGGCACUCCUUCCAACGGCCUGAUCACCAAGUCGACGCCCAUCUUGAACUCCGAGGGUGAGCCUAUAUGGAAGGUGCUGGUGUUUGACAACCUUGGGAGGGACGUGAUCAGUAGCGUGCUGCGCGUGAACGAUUUGAGGAGCUGGGGCAUCACAAUACACCUAAACAUCAAUGGCCAAAGGCACGCAAUACCGGACGUUCCAGUCCUCUACCUCGUCGAGCCUACAGCGGAGAACCUGCAGCACAUCACACAAGACCUGCAAAAGGGCCUGUACUCCCCGGCGUACAUCAACUUUCUGUCGUCCAUCUCGCGACCUCUUCUCGAAGACUUUGCAACACAAACUGCUCAAGCAGGCACCGCAGAGAGCAUAAGUCAGAUCUUCGACCAGUACUUGAACUUCAUUGUCAGCGAACCCAACCUGUUCAGCCUGGGAAUGGGCAAGGAGACAUAYUGGAAGAUGAACAGUGCACAGACCAGCGAUGAGGACCUCGACUUCAAUGUUGACCGGAUCGUGAGCGGCCUGUUCAGCGUGGCGGUGACGAUGGGUACUGUUCCCAUCAUCCGAUGCCCAAAAGGUGGUGCCGCCGAAAUGAUUGCAGCGAAGCUUGAUCGCAAGCUGCGUGACCAUAUCUUGAACGCCAAAGACAAUCUGUUUUCUGGAAAGUUGACAUCGACAGGGAGUGCUUCAUCACGGCCCGUGCUGAUCAUUGUCGACCGUAACGUGGAUCUGGUGCCAAUGCUCUCACACUCGUGGACGUAUCAGUCGUUGAUACACGACGUACUGAGCAUGCAACUCAACCGGAUCACGGUAGAGACCCCGGCUGACGAGUCUAAUCCUACCAAAGGAAGCGUGAAGAAGUCGUAUGAUCUCAAUUCGAACGACUUUUUCUGGAACAAGAACGCUGGUGUUCCCUUCCCCCAAGUAGCGGAGGACAUUGACACCGAAUUGACCAGGUAUAAGGAUGACGCGGCGGACAUAACCAAGAAGACCGGCACAAGUUCGAUUGAGGAUCUUCAAAACGACACGAGUGCUUCGGCCCAGCAUCUCAAAGCCGCCAUUACUCUCCUACCGGAACUUCGUGAGCGCAAAUCGCUGCUCGACAUGCAUAUGAACAUCGCGACCGCGCUGCUCAAGGGAAUCAAAGAUCGGCAGCUGGACAACUUUUUCCAGUUGGAAGAAGACAUUAAAAAGCAGACCAAGGCGCAGAUGAUGGAGCUCAUCAAUGACCCCGAUAAGGGCAAUGAGCCAACAGACAAGCUUCRAAUCUUCAUCAUCUGGUUCUUGAGCACUGAGACUGAUUUGUCUCGUGGCGAAACAGAGCAAUUUGAAGACGCCCUCAAGAAGAUUGGCGUUGACACUCUUCCUCUCAAGUAUAUCCAACAAGUCCGCGGGAUUACACGAAUGACCAUGAUAUCAUCUGCACCGACCCAGCAAGCUCAGCAGUCGUCAGCAUCGAACGAGCUCUUCCGCGGCUUCAGCUCUAUUUCGUCACGGCUGACGGAUAGGUUCAAGGAUGCAGGUCUUGGAGCAAACUUUGACAACCUCAUCUCCGGCGUGAAGAACUUUCUGCCCGCCAACAAGGAUCUGACGCUAACGAAGAUCACGGAAAGUCUUAUGGAUCCUGCAAAUGCAUCCACAAGUGCGCUGCAGAAGACGGAGAACUUUCUUUAUUUUGAUCCUCGCUCAGCGAAUGCGCGUGGCACCAUGCCUCCAUCAGCCAAGGACGCGCGAUCAGGCACUCAGCAGAUGCGAGGCAUUGAUCCAUCGUUCGGGCAGCGUAGGCAAGGAUUCAGCGAGGCGAUUGUAUUUACAGUUGGUGGUGGCAGUAUGGAUGAAUACGGCAACCUUCAGGACUGGGCCAAGCGUACGACUGGCGCCGGUGGCGCUGCCGCUGCAGUUGGCAGAAAGCGAGUGGUCUAUGGCAGCACGGAACUUGUCAACGCAGACAGCUUCGUUCAGGAAUUGGCGAAGUUGGGCAAAGAACAGUAG